CAGGGGUUUCAUAAAAACAACAUUUUUUACCAUAUUUUUCACAAAAUUUACAAAAAAUAUUUUUUUGCUGAAACAACUGCAAAAGCAGUUUUAUACUACAAGGCACCAAAAAACUCUUAAGGUUUCAAUUAAUAGGGAUUUUUAAAAAAUUGUUGUCGAAGGUGUCCAGAUACCUUAAUUUUUAAAACUAAAUAAUAUGUUUUUAUGAUCAAGAUAUUAAAAUAUUUUGGGAACUUACGGAAUGCUGCUAUCAGCAAUCGUUCCUGUGACGGGAGGCAGGGGCAAUUCAUGGCACCCAUAUGAAUGGCUCCUGGGCCUUGGCAACUAUUGGGAUUUACUGAAGGGGACGGCCGGGGGUUUUCUCCGUUCACGCUAUUAGCUCUUGAUUCGGAUCUUCUGGGUGUCCUACUUUCGGAUCUUCUACUUUCGAAUCUUCUUACUGUCCUGGGUACUCUUCCAGAUGUCCUGGGUAAUGUUCUGCCAGAUAUCCUGCGCAUUACUCCUGAUGUCCUGGGUACUUGCAUCUUGGAGUGGGAUGCAGAAAUUUUUUCAGAGCUUGGUCCUGGCAUAUUUUGUUCACAGCUUUGGCUUGGAAGAUUCUGUUGAGAGCUUGGUGGGCUCCUUGAUGGUGGGCUUUGGCUUGGAAUAUUCUGUUGAGAGCUUGGUGGGCUCCUUGAUGAUGGGCUUUGGCUUGGAAUCUUCUUUUGAGAGCUUGGAAUCUUCUGUUGAUAGCUUUGUCCCGCUUUUUUUCUGGGCACUUCUUCUCUGCUUGGGCUUGAACUUGAAUAUGAGCUACUACUGGAACUUCUUGAUAAGCGUCGGCUUGGUUUUUUUCUGGGCUGUACUCCCGGACUCCUCUGUGGUGAACAUCCCUGAUUCCUAUCUGAGCUUGGUCCGGCCAUGGGUGAAGGACUCUUCCUUAAUGAGGUUGAUCCGGCCAUGGGUGAAGAAUUUAAAGGCAUGGUUGGUGGAUUUAAAGAGAAAUUGUUGUCGUGCUCAUCAGUGCUUCCAUUCUACCACCACUAUUAAGAAGAGAUCUGACAACUUCAAAACUGUAAGUCUAAUUUUAUUUUUAUUUUAUAUAUUUAGUUUUAUACUGUCUGUUUUAUAAUAGUAGUAAUAUAAAUAAUAAAUUCUAAAAUAUUUCUUUUCUAUAUGUAAAGUUUAAUAGCUAAUUCCUGUUAUUUUAUUCAAAAUGUUCAAACCCAAAA